AUGAAUAAAAAGGUUGAUAAUUCUUUAAACACUCCUUUUAUUGUUGAUGAAGGAGAAGACGAUGAUGGUGAAUCUUCAAAUGUUCCAUUCAAUCUUAGUGAUGUUUUACAAGAUUCUUCAAAAGCUUAAAACGGAAAUGGAGAUUAUUAAAUUAAACAACUUCCUUUUAAUUAUGAUUAAUAUUCUUAGUAGCCUGUCUCAAAUUAGUAACCCUCUACAUAGCCCAGUCUCUCCAUUAAAAAAGAAAAGAGUACUAAUCGCAAGCCAGGAACAGUCCACUUUUAAGACAAAAGUCAGGUUAUUAUUGAAGACAACAAUGAAAACCACGAAAGCCCAAGAAAUUCAAAAUAAUAAUUAGACUUAAAUUCAAAUAUUAGUAAAAAGUCUUAUAAUGAAGAAGUAAGCACAGAAAAAAACAAUGUUCUGAAUUUGAAUGAUGAUGAUAUUGAAGUUAACUACGGUAAAGGUGAAACUCCUCUCGAUUUGUUCUUAGAAGGUACUUACGAAGAUGGUAAGAAAACUACUCUUGACCCUCUUACUGUUUUCAGACCUAAAGUUAAACCUAAAAUAUAAGAUUUGAAGAAUGGAUAGUAGACUUAUGUACACUUCGACGAAAAAUCAUACUACAACCCAGGUGUCUUAAGAUCAAUUGAUUAGAAUGAUGGGUUCUUGGGUUAUUAUUCAAUGCCAUGGACUAAGAAGAACUAAACUUUGAAGAUGUUAGUUUGUGUUACUAUGUAUUCUGAAGAAAGAGUUUUCUUAGAGCAAACUUUGUACCACAUCUUUAAGAAUAUGAGAGGAUUUGAAGAAAUUGGUUUAAAAGACUUCUAGAUUGUUGUCGUUGUCAUUCAAGAUGGUAUUACAAAGAUGAAAGAAGAAGUUGUUGAUUUCUAUUGUGAUUUGGAAGGUUAAAACAGAAACGUAGAUAGAAAUUUAAAGCUUAGACGUUAUGAAAUUUCUAAGCAAGAACAAUUUUUAUAAUACAAAGGUUAAUAAAAGGUUUUAGAUUCAAAUGAAGGUUUACCUUUAACUAUUCCAAAGCGUACAGCACUAGUCUAUCAAAAUAGACUUUAAUUCGUAAAGGAAAAUUAAAAUAAAAAGGAAGAAAGACCUAAGGUUUAUAGUUCAAAUCACUAUCAAUAUGACACUUCAAAACCAGGUUUAACCGUUUUCAGUGUCUUUAAGCAUAAAAAUGCUAAAAAAUUAUCUUCCCAUAUGUGGUUUUUCGAAGGUUUCUGUCGUUAAUUCAGACCUAAAUAUUGUGCUCUAGUCGAUGUCGGAACUUUGCCUGCUUCAGAUGGUUUGCUAAAGUUUUACAUAGCUAUGGAAGGAAAUUCAAAAGUAGGUGGUGUUUGUGGUUUCUUGGGUUUGGAAGAUCCACCUGAGUAUGACGAAUUGCUUGAUGAAGCAGAAACACCUCACAUGAUGGAAUUAAAUCAAAUUCUUGAUGAAAAAAAGAAGACUUUAGAUAAUUGGUAGAAGGACUUUGAAGAAAGAAAACGCAUAGAUAAACAAAAGCAAGAACAAAAAAAUAGAGAAGAAAACUAGGUUUUUAUAAAUGAAGAAUUAGAAGAAAGAAAGAAAAAACAUUUUGAUAGCAAACACAGAACUCAUAAAAUAUUCUAAUAUACAAUUUUCUUACCAGUAAUGCUCCUUCAGAUUGGAAUUGGUCUUGUUUAUUGGAUUAUAAGAAAAGCCAUCUUUAAAGCUAUUUUUAGAUUUUUCAGAUGGUUUGCAGUCAAUUAUUUAGAUAUAUUCGCUAGUUUGAAAAAAGCUUAGCUCUAUGAAUACACAAUGGCGCAUAUGGUAGAUAAAAAUUUCGAAUCUUUACUAGGUUUUCUUCACGUGCUUCCCGGUGCUUGGUCUGCCUAUAGAUACGAAGCUUUAGAAGUUAAGUUUUCAAAUAGAUAAAAUUUAUUGCAAAGAAAGUAUUUUAAGUAAUUAGUUAAUCCUGAUAAAUUAGAAGGUAACAUCAAAGAAGCUAAUAUGUUCUUGGCUGAAGAUAGAAUUUUAUGUUUAGGUAUUUACUGCUAACCUGAUUCAAACUUUACACUUAAAUUUAUCCCUGAUGCUAAGGCUUUCACAGAUCCUGUUGGUACUUUAGAAGAAUUCAUGAACUAAAGAAGAAGAUGGAUUAAUAGUACUAUGUUUGCCUUGGAUUAUGUGCUCAAACAUUAUUCAUUCCACGUUGAAGAAAGUAGCCACUCCAGCACUGAAAAGGGUUUCUUACUGCCAUUUAAUAUGUUAUUCGCUAAAAUAGGUGAUAUUAACUCUUACUUUAUUCCUGCCUUUUACUUCUUUGUUGCUUUGAUGAGUAGUUUCUAGCUUUUGUCACCUGAAAUAUAGAAAGGUUAUUCUUAUGUUCCUUUUGAUGGCGAAACUGUCAAAUUUAAGUGCAUAGUUGGUAAAAAAAUUGCGGAUUACGAAAAUGAAUGUGAUUAUGAUACUGGUAUUUCAGAAGGCUGUUACCAAUAAUGUGAAUCUACUGCCUAUCCAAAAGCUUUCUAUGUUACUCUUAACUUAAUUCCUUUCAUUUAUAUUGUUUGCUUCUUGCUUAUUGUUUUUGCAAGUCUUACUUUCAAAGUUAGAAGAUUAGCAUAAAAUGCUUAUGAAAACCUCAGAAGAAUGAUAUUGACUGAUGAAUAAAGAGGUGAUAUCAAAGCCAUGGAAGACAACAUUAAAGAUUUGGAAGUUUCUAUGUCAAGAUUAUAGGAAAAGAAAGAUAUUUAAAAGUAGAAGAAGGAAAUCGAAAAGGAAAAAAGACGUGUCAGAGUUGAAAUUUUUAAAGUGACCCAAACCACUUUUGAGAUGCUUGUUGCUAAGAUCAGUGAACAUCACAUUAAGCUAUCUCCUUCUGAGAAAAAAUUCAAAAUUGAAUAUGAUAAGAUUACUUCUCAGGAAUAUGCAAAUGAUAUCUUCAAAAUUCUUGCUACUGUUAUGUCUUUGAUGAGUAUUGUAAUUAUGCUUGUUGUUGGUUUGGCUAUUGCUAUGAAUAUAUUCAAUAGCGGUUUUGGUAUCAUUAAUGGUUUCGUUAAGUUAGAUGGCUGGUUAAGACUUUAUAUCAUUAUCAUGGUUAUCAUAAACAUGGGAUCAUUCUUUGGUAUUCUAUUGGUCCAUCUUUUUAUUUAACCCAAAUUAGUGUGGUACAUCUUUAUUUCUUAUUGGAGUUACAUUGUCUAUUAGCCUAUUUAUAACUUUAUUUUGAUCAUCUUCUCUUUCUGUAACAUUGACGAUGUCACUUGGGGAACAAAGGGUCUCUCAGAUUCUAAAGAAGCUAAUAGCUACUAUUAAGAAAAAGUUAAAUUUUUGAUCAGAUGGUUUGCCUCUAACAUUGUCCUCCUCUUAGCCUUAAUUGGUGGUAAUGUCUUUACUGGAAAGACACCAUAUAUCAUUCUCUUUAUCGGUCUAUAUGGUACUGCAUAUCUAGCCAUAAAAACAAUAUUGGCUAUAAUUAAUUAUAUUAAGUAUUUCAUCUUCAAUAAAAUCUACUACAAAUACCAAAUUCACAAAACAAAGAAGAAAAACGAAGAAUCUCAAGAACUUUUGAAAUAAGAAUAUAACAGAUUUAUCUCUACUAUGGAAAACAACAGAUUAAGAAGUGUUUCUAGAUACGACUAUCCAAUUUAUAAAUAAAACCCCUCUAUUUCUGGAUCAAUGUACUAAGAAAACUUGAUCUUCCACUCUAAAUUCAAUCAGAGAGUUUCUAACUUUUAAGGUAUUGGAUCUUCAAGUAAUGUAACUGUAAAUGUUAAUUAACCUAAUAACUAGUAACCUUAACAUCCAACCCUUAACUAAAACUAAACCCCAAUUUCUCCUUAACAUUCUCAAAAAUGA